AUGCCUCAGCUGGGUUCGGAGACGUCGGAUACCCGGGAGAACGAGCAUAUAUACGCGAACCUGUCGGGUGCGGCACGCCAAUGCUCCCAGGUGUCCGCGCAGCCACGCAGGUCUGAACGCCAGUGCUCUGCUUGUAAGCUCGGGCCUUCGCUCGGUUUGGUGCAGCUGGUCAUCGUGCGCGGCGUGCACCCGCGAAUCUCGCCAGCCAGCUCGUCCGGAUUCUCCAUCUCUCGUCCGACUCUUCUUGAACACCCUAGUUUGGUGGGCCGCGCCCGGAACAACCUCCUCCUGCAGCAGCACCCGAUCUUCUCGAACGAGACGCGCGUUUUCUAUGCGAGUAUAUCCCCCGCCGCCGUACCUGAAGGCCGAAAAGCUUGA